UGUCAAAUUAUCUUGUUCACGUAUUAGUCUAUAACCAUACGACACCGUUGCCUUCCCAAAAAAGAAAAUACAUAGAGAGAACAGAAGGGUACAAGAAGGGUUUUUAAUCACCAUCGUUUCCAAGAGUGAAAAGUAAGAGCACGUAAAGAAUGGAGGAGCCCAGAAAGCUUAAGGGUCACAAAGGCAGCACCACUUGCUGUAUCGCCUCCCUAAAUCGCCCUGGUUUAAUUGCCACAGCAGCUGAGGAUGGUUGUGUCUGCUGGUUCGAUUUGAGGUGCAAAGAUAGAAUCUUUACAAUGGAUGUUGGGAAUGGUAACCCUGUUUCGUCAAUUUGUUUCAUGCCAGGAAAUGAGGAUGUUUUUUAUGUCUCAUUGGGAAGUGAAGUCAAAUGCUUUGAUGUGAAUAUGGUUACUGCUCCAAAAUUAUUGCACAGUUACAAUUACAACAAGGAUGAGAUAAAUCAGAUUGCUUGCAGCUCAAAGUCAUCAUUCCUUGCUGCAGCAGAUGAUAGUGGUGAUGUCAAGAUCAUUGACAUACGCCAAAAUCGCAUGUACAAAACAUUGAGAGAUGGCCACACAAGUAUAUGUAGCAGUGUUCAGUUCAUCCCUUGGAGACCUUGGGAAGUCAUCACUGGAGGUCUUGAUUCAAAACUUGUGCUAUGGGACUUUUCCAAGGGACGGCAGCGGAAGAUUUGGGACUUUGGCACACUUGACACAGGAAAUAAAGGUAAUACGGGACAAUGUUUGAACCCUGCCUUUGUUCAUGCUCUGACUGUUCCUGAUGUUGCUGUGGUGGAUAAAUUUGUGAAGAUUUGUGCUGUGGCUAGGGGUGAUGGAGUUGUUUCUGUUAUGAACGUUGAGUCAGAGCUCGAUACUGUCAAGUCCAAGAGUUCAACUAAACCCAAGAAAGGUUCUAAGCCAGCCCCUAAAGUUGGCAGUUCUUCUGCUGAUCCUGAAAGUGGAAAUCAAAAUGGAGGAGACCUGCACCUUGAUCACUCUAUGGGAGGACACAGUGCUGCUGUAUCCCGUGUGACUUUUUCCACAUUUGGAGACAAAGGGAAGUUCAUAAUAUCAGGUGGAAAUGACAAACAAGUAAAAGUAUGGGAUUGGUGUAAGUUUUUCAUGGCUGGUGAGACUAGCAGUGGCAACGAUUUCCUUCGUUCUAGCUUAAGUUUGAGCAGAAAAGUGAAUUGGCUUUGCACAACUCCUACUGAUUCAGAGAACUUAGUUGUCUGCGAUACAUCCAAGGUAGUGAAGGUUUACAACAUCAGGUGAAGCAGCGCAGAUUGAGCUGAGAUAUUUCUACUUGUACAUGAUAUGACCCUCGCAGAAAGUUAUGCUCCCAAUACGCCAGUUUUGGCUCUCUCAUAUACGCUAAACCGAACGUGCAUGGCUUUGCCAAACAAAAGUUCUAUCCUGCAAGGUUGUGACCUAAAUAGCUAGGUGUUACAACAAUGAUAUUGGUGGUAGGGUAAUAGGGAUUUGGGUCCUGACAUUACUUAAUUAGAUAGUUGCUUCAACGGGAUAUUGUUUGUAUAUUAUUACUUAAUUAGAUAAACGGGAUAUUGUUUGCAUAUUAUUCUCUUUAAUUUGUAAGCAGCAAUACAAUAUUAUAUAUUUUUAUAAAAAAUGAAGAUGUCUAUUGCA